AUGGACGAUUACACGAGAGAGAUGAUGGACCUCAAAACCCUCGUGACUCGCACUCUUGAGAAGAAAGGCGUUCUCACUAGGAUCCGAGCUGAAUUAAGAGCUAGUGUCUUUGAAGCUAUCGAAGAAGAAGAUCGUGUCAUCGAAAAGGAUCAAGCUCUGCCUCCUGCAUUGUUAGUUUCAAUGGCUAACUUUACUUCGCAAGAAGUUACUGCACUUCAAGAAGGAGGGAAUCAGCGUGCAAGAAAUGUUUAUUUUAAAGAAUGGGAUGGACAACAGCAUUCUUUCCCUGACACUCACUUUAUCAUGAAGUAUAGACCACAUGAUAAUUUAGUUUCUGAUACGCAAAAAUUCAAAAUUCCUGGUUUGCCUCAUACCAUUGAGAUGACCCCUCUGCAGAUUCCUGAUUGGGUAAGGGAGAAGAAUGCCGCCACAGCCUAUUUUGAACCAAUGUUCAAAUCUGAGGUAAGAAGCUAUGGGACACUAUACAAUAGUUUUCAUGAACUUGAAAGUGAAUAUGAGAAGCUUAGUAAAACUAGAAUGGGGAUCAAAUCAUGGAGUGUUGGACCAGUUUCUGCUUGGGCUAACAAGGAUAAUGAAAGAAAGGUCAAUAGGGGACAAAUAGAGGAGCUUGGAAAAGAGGCAGAGUGGCUAAAUUGGCUUAACUCAAAGCAAAAUGAGUCUGUACUUUAUCUUAGUGGUUCCUCAGAUUUCAUGGAUUUACAAUGCUACAAUGAGGUUGCAGCUUUGUUUAUGCUUCUAAGAUUUGAUUUAUUCAUAAUAUAUUCUAAACUGAGCAAAAAUUUUGCAGCUUUGGGUUCUCUUAACAAACUUAUUGAAGGAUGUGGAACAUCAAUAACACCAGCACAUGAAAAAAUUGGUGUGGUUGAUGAACAAUGGAUUGUUCAUCAAACAAUUCCUACUCUUGGUGAACGAGGAGAAUAUGAUCAUGGAAAAGACAAAUAUGAUGCGGUAUGUUUAUUUGACAUGAAAACGAUAUUACUGUCACAAUUCUCUGAUGUACUUAUGAUUAUGAACUUCGAUCGUUUUUCGGGACUACCUGAUAACGGAACAUUCACUAUCGGCUUCACUCCAUCAGACACUGAUAAUCGAUUAUUCACGUUAGGCAUUUGGUUUGCUAGCCUUCCAGGAGAUCGAACUUUCGUUUGGUCACCCAAUAGAAACUCACCUACAUCUCAAGAAGCAAUUUUGGAGCUUGACACAACAGGAAACCUCGUCCUCGUCGACAAAAAAGUCACCAUAUGGGCCUCAAACACAUCAAAUGCUAAUGUAGAAUCAGCAACCAUGUCAGAAUCUGGUAACUUCAUCUUUCACAGCACAAACAACCAACCUAUAUGGCAGAGUUUUUCUCAACCUUCAAACACACUUCUCCCAAACCAGCCUCUAACAGUUUCUUCAGAAUUAACAUCAUCAAAAUCCUCAUCUCAUGGUGGCUACUAUGCUCUCAAAAUGCUUCAGAAACCAACUUCUUUAAGUCUUGCACUAACUUACAAUCUUCCAGAAAGUUACCAAACUUUUGAUGAAAAUGAAUCAUAUGCAAACUAUUCUUAUUGGCAAGGUCCUGAUAUUUCCAAUGUAACCGGAGAAGUUAUCGCGGUUUUAGAUCAAGCCGGAAGCUUUGGAAUUGUAUAUGGAAAUUCAUCUGAUGGUGCAGUUUAUGUUUAUAAGAAUGAUAAUGAUGAUGCAGGUUUAGCUUCUGCAAUUCAUCAAUCUACACCGUUAACCGUUCUUAGGAGACUGACACUCGAAGAUAAUGGAAAUCUGAGGUUAUACCGAUGGGAAGACGUAAAUGGAUCGAAACAAUGGGUGUCACAGUGGGCUGCAGUUUCAAAUCCAUGUGAUAUUGGUGGAAUUUGUGGUAAUGGAGUAUGUAAAUUGGAUAAAACUAAGACUAAUGCUUCUUGCACUUGUUUACCAGGAACUUCUAAACUAGGAAGAGAUGGACAAUGUUAUGAGAAUUCAUCUCUGGUUGGAAAAUGUACUAAUGGAAAAAACGAAAACAAGACAUCGAGUUUUAGAAUUUCGACAGUGCAACAAACUAAUUAUUAUUUUUCUGAAUCUUCAAUAAUAGCUAAUUAUAGUGAGAGUGAUGUUUCUUCUGUAUCAAAAUGCGGCGAUGCAUGUUUGUCCGAUUGUGAUUGUGUUGCUUCUGUUUAUGGACUAAAUGAAGAAAGACCUUUUUGUUGGGUGUUGAGGAGUUUAAGUUUCGGCGGUUUUGAAGAUACGAGCUCUACUUUGUUUGUGAAGGUUCGAGCAAAUAGUUCAUGGACACCAGAAGGACAAGAGGGAAGGUCUAAUAACAGUUCUUCUGAUGGAAUGGGGAGUGCUAAGGAAAAGGCUGUGAUUAUUCCAAUUGUUCUAGGCAUGAUAGUUCUCAUUAUUUUACUCACUAUGUUACUGUAUUACAAUGUUCAUAGAAAAAGAACUUUGAAAAGAGAGAUGGAAUGUUCAUUGGUCUUAUCAGGUGCUCCAGUGAAUUUUACUUACCGCGCUUUGCAGAUCAGGACAAGUAACUUUUCGCAGCUUCUAGGAACAGUUGGAUUUGGAAGUGUGUAUAAAGGAAGCUUAGGAGAUGGUACCUUAGUCGCGGUGAAGAAACUUGAUAAGAUUUUGCCUCAUGGAGAGAAAGAAUUUAUCACCGAAGUAAACACGAUUGGCUCAAUGCAUCAUAUGAAUUUGGUUCGUUUAUGUGGUUUUUGUUCUGAGGGACCUCAGAGGCUUUUAGUUUAUGAGUUCAUGAAGAAUGGUUCAUUGGAUCAGUGGAUCUUCCCUUCGAUUCGAGGACCAGAUAGAUUGCUCGAUUGGCAAACUCGUUUUGAUAUAGCCAAAAAUACUGCACAAGGGAUUGCAUACUUUCAUGAGCAGUGUAGAAACAAGAUAAUACAUUGUGACAUCAAGCCAGAAAAUAUAUUGUUAGAUGAAAACUUUUGUCCCAAGGUAUCUGAUUUUGGACUUGCUAAAUUGAUGGCAAGGGAACAUUCUCAUGUGGUAACAAUGGUAAGAGGCACUAGAGGCUAUUUGGCACCAGAAUGGGUUAGUAAUCGACCGAUAACCGUAAAAGCAGAUGUUUACAGCUAUGGAAUGCUUCUUUUCUUAUUUUUUUGGUGUUUUGUUUAG